AUGUGUGCAUUCUUGAUUCUCUCCGCCUUUGAGCUCGAAACUAUCACACUGCGAGGAUCAGUGACCUCUCAUUUACAUAACCGGACAACGCCUACCGAUAUUGAACUUCUCAAGAUGAAGUUCGGGAAGCAGAUUCAACGAAGGCAGCUUGAUCUUCCGGAGUACGCCGCCAGCUUCGUGAACUACAAGGCUCUGAAGAAGCUCAUAAAGCAACUGAGCGCGACGCCCAAAUUGCCCGCGCAGGCUACUGUUGCAGGACAGGAUGCUCCCGAUGCGCAAGUCGCCCUUCGCGCAAAUAAGGAAGUGUUCUUCUUCCGACUUGAGCGUGAGAUUGAAAAAGUCAAUACCUUUUACCUGCAGAAAGAAUCCGAGUUCUCUCUGCGCUUGAAAACCCUCUUGGACAAGAAACGAGUCGUUCAGUCUCGGGCAGUGUCGCACUCCAAGGCUCCAGCCAAUUUCGUGGCCUUGAUCGAAGGGUUUCAACAGUUCGAUGGCGACUUGAACAAAUUACAACAAUUUGUCGCAAUAAAUGAGACUGCCAUGUCCAAAAUUCUGAAAAAGUCUCGCAUGAAGGAGCUGUAUCUCCAUCGAGCCGUCGAAGUGCAACCCUGUUUCAAUCGAGACGUCUUGCGUGAUCUUUCAGACCGAGCAACAACAGCCCGCCUAGAACUCGAAGCAUGGGCGGAAGGCGAAAAUAUCCAGUUUGAUACAGCCCGUCCAGCUGACCGGGUUGGUCCGCCUUUUGGGACCGACGAGGAAGAUCUCGAUGCGCAAAUCCUGCAAUCUGCCACUACCGGCAGUCUGCAAACCCUACGCGAGUGGACUGCCAAGCUUCAUACUGCCCCCGAUGCCCGGGAUCGUGCGACUCGGGCCUUUCUCGCAGCAAUCAACGAAUACUCCGAUGAAGUGCUUGUAGUUCUUCUGGAGAGUGGAUUAGUUGAUAUCAAUGCCGAAGAUGAUAUCAAUGAACGAAAUUGCUUACAUGAAGCCGCUAUUUCAGGGCGAGACUUUGUUUUCAAGACAGGUAUCUCAGCAGGGGUCGAUGUGUCCAGAUCAGAUGUGUACGGCAGGAUACCUCUGCAUUAUGCUUGUAUGCAUGGUCGCGUUGAUAUGGUGCGCGAGCUGUUGGCUGUUGGUCCUGAUACAGUAGACACCGCGGAUCACAACAAUUUUACACCGUUGAUUCAUAGCAUCGUCAAGGAUCAGUUGGCAUGUGCUGAGCAGCUUCUCCAACACAAUGCUCGCAUUGGACCGGCAUCGGAAUCAGACCAUAUCCCUCUCAACCUCGCCUGCCAGCACGGAUCAAUACCGAUAGUCAAAAUGCUUCUCGAACGAAAUGCCCAGCUGCUUCCGGACGCUGAGGGACUCUACCCUCAGCACAUGGUUGCACGUGCUUCCCAGCCCCCAGAACUAUUGCUCCUUCUCAAACAGCACGGAGCUGAUAUGGACCAGAGGGACAAGUUGUAUCAAUGGACACCGCUUUUCCACGCAGCGAGUGAAGGUUGUGUGAAUUGUUUGCGUACCCUACUAGAACUCGGGGUCGACGCCAGUGCUGUGGAUGAGAAAGGGCUGUCUGCGAUGUACUAUGCCGCAUGGGAAGGACAUCUGGAAUGCAUGCUCCUUCUGUGGUCUCAUCGUAGUGAGUCACAAUUACCUCAAAAGCCCCUCGAUAUCCUCAAUGGGUUGAGGUUGCAGGAACCAAGUUCCACUACCAUGAAUCACGAGAUAGCCGCCUCGGGUGACAUGGACACUGCUGAUGGCAUUCCUGACCUUUCACUGCCCCCACCCAUUAUUCCUUUGAGACGCUACGGACACAAUUUCCUGGAUAAGAAGGUAUUCGUCCAAAUUCUAUUCGAGCCAGGUAGCUCAGGCUCGCUUUGCUUUGACCAAGCAGGUCGCCAUCCUGCUGCUCGGUUGACCAUUUCGUCGAAGCUUUCCGAUUUAAUACCUCGCACAAUCAUGCUCCCUAUUCAGGAAGAUUCCAGGACCAUCUCUUUUCAUGUCGAUAACCUAGAAUCAUUUGCUGUUGAUUUUGAGGUCUUUCCUACCUUUGGUUCGAAAGUGAUUGCUAAAAGUGUCGCUCUACCUACCGUGUUUAGAGCCGAAAAAUCCAGUACCGGGUUAUGCACGCUGCCACUGUUUGAUCCUAGACUGCGCUCAAUCGGCCAGCUACGGUUCGGCUUUCAAGUUAUCAAACCUUACCAUGGUGAUCCUCUCGAGAUUACACACUUUGCGACAUAUUGGAAGGCGACCAGUGCGCUCGACUCUGAACACAAUGGCCUGGUGACAGGUUCUAGCUUAUCAGGGGAUCAUGUUCAAUUAUUUGUUCAGCUCACCAGGGACAGAGUACCUGUGCUUUAUCCGCGAUUCACCAUUCAGCAUCAUAGUGUGGAAAUACCCAUCUGCCACCUGUCAUUCAAUGAAUUCAAGUCGGUCGGCGCUGAGCGAGGCGUGAAUCAAGCUGAGACGAUACAGUUCCUGAAAGAGAACGCUACCAACAAUAUUGCACAAACCCAUCGUCUUCUUGCAGCAUCCUUUUUUUCCUUGCGGGAAGUACUGCGGCACCUUCCGAUCAGCGUCAGCGUCAAUCUAUCUAUUCUCUAUCCGUCACCUGCCGAAGAACGAGAGCUGAAUAUGGCAUCUCUAGCCGACGUCAAUAGCUUCGCGGACGCCAUUCUGACUGAGGUAUUCGAUCAUGCGCGUGUUGCAAGAGAGCACAAUCCGGACUUCUUACGUUCUGUGGUCUUUACCUCGUAUAAUCAUAAUAUAUGUACAGCUCUUAACUGGAAGCAGCCGAACUUUCCGGUACUCCUUUGCAAUGAUCUCGGCCAAAUUCGGGACUUGGCUCGGGAUAUCGGUUCCCUGCCAGAUGUAGACAGCAGUGGUCGAGCGUCAAUGUCAAUCAAGGAGUCAGCACGUAUUGCGCAGAGCAACAACUUCAUGGGCUUAAUAUGCCGCUCUAGUCUUCUGAAUGUUGUCCCAGCUCUUGUGGAAACAAUCAAAGGCCUUGGUCUCGUCCUUGUAGCCGAUACAUCCGACGAAGAUGAAGAACCAGAGAGAAAAAAUCCUCUGGCAGCUGCUGAUACGAUGGGCGUCGCCGAGUGGGCAUACCGAAUGCCUGAGGGUGUCAAUGGUGUUAUGAAAGCCAACGGCAUUCUGAGAUUCAACGACAUGAUUGACAUGUAA